AUGCCGAUGUGGGUGAGGAAGACAUCAGCAGACCGGAGAUAUAAGGAAAUAAAGAUUCCUCCAGUGCAAGUUCUGUAUAAUACUUGUAAGGGGGUGUUUGAGAAUUUUGGCCCUGGGAUCGUUCCCGGGCCAGAGAACAUCGAACGGCUGAAGGCUGCUAUGGAUGGCAUGACAGGAGCUGAUGUUGGCCUGAGACCUGGAAUGCAGUUUUUCCGCCGAUUCCCUGUAAUAACGUACAUUCGAAUCCACGAAUGUGACAAAUUUUCGAUUGGGCUCUUCUGCUUGCCACAAUCAGCUGUCAUUCCACUCCAUAACCAUCCUGAGAUGACAGUUCUUUCCAAGCUUCUCUUCGGGACAAUUAACGUGAACUCUUUUGAAUGGGUGAAUGCGGAUCCUCCCAAUAAAGGCGGAAUCUUUUCUGCUGUGCCAUUGAGAGGCACAAACUCCCCCAGGCUGGGCUCUGAUUUCAAGCCUGCUGGGGUGCCCAGGUUGGCAAAAACCAAGGCAGAGUACGAGGUUUCUGCUCCGUGCAAGACCUCCGUUCUUUAUCCUGCUGAUAGGGGUAAUCUGCACACUGUCAGAGCAUUGACACCAUGUGCAUUCCUGGAAGUGGUUGCGCCACCAUGCUCCGUCUCUCGAGGCUGGCCCUGCACAUACUACAGGAAAUAUCAUUUCUCAACUCUUUCAGCUGUCGGGAUGAUAUCAGUGCCUGAAGAGCAGAGGCCAGGCUAUGUAUGGCUCCAAGAGACCGAGAAAGGCGAUGUCUCCCUUGUAUACAAGGAUGAGUACACCGGACCGUGCAUUGUGACUGAAUGA